CCCCUCCUUUCCCCUUCAAGAAGCCGGCGUCGGGGCGCGCUCGCCCAGUGAGGAGGUCGGAGGCCGCACUGGUAGGCGCUCUCCGCUUCCGGAAUAUCAUGUACCAGCCCAGCAGGGGGGCAACGCGGCAUCUAGGCCCCUGCCUCCGCGCCUACCAGGCUCGCCCCCAGGACCAGCUUUCUCCAUGGGCUCUGCCAUUCCCACCACUGUGGCCCCACUCCACGACUUCCACUUCUCCAUCUUCUCUUCUCUGGUCUCCCCCAAUCCCACGCCCUCUCACUCGGCUGUUUCCUUGGGCUCCCCAACUACCUCUCCUUCAGGUCCAGGCCCUCAGCUCACCAUGGGUGGUACUACCUCCAGGAAAGGGAGAGGAGGGACCAGGACCUGAAUUGCAUAGCGGCUGCCUGGAUGGGCUUAGAAGCUUAUUUGAGGGAUGUUCCUGCCCCUAUCCUGGGGCUUUGAUAUCUUUCCAAGCCCCUGUGACUGCCCGCCCUUCCCCUGCUACUCCAUCAGGAGAUCCAAGUAUGGAGGAGCAUCUGGCUGUCAUGUAUGAAAGACUGAGACAAGAGCUUCCCAAUCUCUUCCUUCACUCCCAUGACUACACUCUCUACUCAUCGGAUGUGGAAUUCAUCAAUGAGAUCCUGAACAUACGUACCAAAGGCCGGACAUGGUAUAUUCUGUCACUGACCCUGUGCCGCUUCCUGGCCUGGAACUAUUUUGCACAACUUCGGUUGGAGGUUCUACAGUUGACCCGCCACCCCGAGAACUGGACCCUGCAAGCCCGUUGGAGGCUCAUGGGGCUGCCCGUCCACAUGCUCUUUCUGCGUUUCUACAAGCGUGACAAGGAAGAGCUUUACCGGACCUAUGAUGCCUAUUCCACCUUCUACCUGAAUUCCAACGGCCUCAUUUGUCGCCACCACCUAGACAAACUGAUGCCUUCACACUCACCCGCAACGUCCGUGAAGAAGCUGCUUGUGGGAGCUCUGGUGACUCUGGGGCUGUCAGAGCCAGAACCCAACUUACACCUGUGUCCCAAAGCCUGAUCCAGAAAUUGGGGUGGGGCAGCACUGAAAACUUUGCUAGGCACAUUAAGAGGAGGUAGAGGCAGCCACCUUCUUUCCCUCUUCUCUCCUUCCUUCCAUCCAUCCAUCUCAUGCUGUGUAAAGCAGUUGUAUAAUUUAAUUUGUAAAUAAUAAAGUCUAAAUGCAAAUAGGACA